AUGGCAGCCGGCGGCGCAAAGCUCCAGACCCCCAGCUCCGAGGCCGGAGGAAGCGCCCUGGAUGACCCCAAGGCGGCGGAGGCGGCGGCAGCGGCGCCGAGCUGGAACAACAAGAAGUUCAGAGAAGAGUUUGAGUCUUUCAAGUCGAAACUACUCGACCAGAGAUUCGACCCCAAACACUUUCCCGACCCGUUACUUCCAAGAAGCGGCUCUGAUCCCCGAAAUAAUCCCAAGACGACACCGGAGGCUGAGCGCCGGAUCGACCAGAUCAUUGCCGAGUACAAGGCCAGAAACUAA